ACCCGUGAAAAGUGUUGAUGUAAACAAGUUUGUGUCGGCAGUUUGGUUGGACGUCCUGCGAAAAAAAUCGAUUCGCGGAAAAAAAUCCGGGUUCAGACAGAAGCCAAAAUGUUUUGGCACAUUUUUCUGCUCGCUUCGGCGAUCAAAAUGAUGUUUCUCCCCUCAUACCGGUCUACGGAUUUCGAAGUACACCGGAACUGGCUGGCCAUAACGCACAGUAGGCCACUGGCCAAGUGGUAUUACGAGGCAACCAGUGAGUGGACCUUGGAUUAUCCGCCGUUUUUCGCCUACUUCGAGUGGGCCCUGUCGCAGGUGGCGGCCUACUUUGACCCGGCUAUGCUGAUCGUCACGAAUCUGAACUACUCGUCGAUGAAUACGGUCAUGUUCCAGCGAUUCUCGGUGAUAGUGACCGAUGUGGUGUUUGCGUUUGGCGUUAAACGGUGUAUGAGCAAGCUGGCCAAAACCAAUAACCAGUUUACGAUUGGAUCGGGAUUGCUGUUGGCAAAUAUUGGACUCUUGAUGGUGGACCACAUUCACUUCCAGUACAAUGGAUUCCUGUUUGGAGUGUUGCUGCUGAGCAUAAGCUACGUCCUGACCGGAAACUAUCUGACUUCGGCGUUUCUGUUCGCCAUCCUGCUGAAUCUCAAACAUAUCUUCAUUUACGUCGCUCCAGUGUACGUCGUAUUUUUGCUGCGCUUUUAUUGCUUCCGUAAUGGGGGCGCUUUAAUUAAACUAAUCAAGCUCGGUUCAGUCGUUGGAGUGGUUUGUUUGCUUUCGUUUGGCCCUUUCUACGAACACAUUCCGCAGGUACUCUCGCGGCUGUUUCCGUUCAAACGAGGACUGACACACGCCUAUUGGGCGCCAAAUUUCUGGGCUCUCUACAACUUUGCCGACAAGGUUCUUUCCAUUGCGUUGGGAAAGAAGUCAGGUACGGCUUCCGCAACAGGAGGACUGGUCCAGACUUUCGACCACGAGGUACUUCCGUCGAUUCCACCGUCAGUGACGUUUGUUUUGUGCGCCGUUGCCAUGCUUCCCACCCUUGCCAAGCUGUGGUCUCUUCGAAAUGAGGCCAAUCUAGGUCAGAACUUCAUUCGUGCCAUAACGCUAUGCGCCUGUUCUUCCUUCAUGUUCGGCUGGCACGUCCAUGAGAAAGCUAUUCUAAUGGUACUCAUUCCACUAACAAUCCUCUCCAUCACCAAUCGGACUGACGCCCGUUGGACUAUAUUCCUCGGAAUCGUCGGCCAUUACUCUCUAUUCCCUCUCCUGUUCAAAUCUGAUCUUCUCCUCAUCAAACACGCUCUCCAUCUAGUCUACACAGGACUAAGCGUUCUUCUCCUUCGAAACGUUCAUGGUGGUCGCUUCCUCACUAUACCGGAACGCCUCUACCUCUACGGAUUCGUAUUCCUAUCCCUCUUCGAGAACAUCAUCCAUCCGGGACUGCACCUGGACAGAACGCUCCCUUUUAUCCCCCUGAUGGCAACAAGCGUCUACUGCGCCCUCGGCGUUUUCUACUUCUGGCUCGCCUACCAGAAGCAUUUUAUCUCCCAGACUCCGUUCCUUCACCACCCAUCAACGCAACAACCGACAAAACAGGGAGUUUCGAAGCCGAAAAAGUCUUAAGACCCUCCAUUUGACAUUCCCAAAGUGUAGUAGUAAGUAAAUAAAUAUAUUUAUAAUCUGCGCGCCACCAACAACCAA